CAGUCUUCGACGGAAUUAUUGAUCAACUGCAUGGCGGGAAAGAUGAAGAGGGCAGUCAUGCCAUCUCGGUAACAGUCUGAUGUUAACUUUCCUCGGCUCCGGCUGGUUACACAGCAGGCGGCCCGCGAAAGUCCUCGGAUCGGUGGCACGCCGAGCGGGGCCGGGCUUAUGCCGAGCACGGCAACCAGCGGCCGCCCACGUAUAACAUUGUCGCCUUUGGUCCGCUGCCAUGGAGUGGCUGCCAUGCACUCAUUCUGUUCUAUAGUCCAGGUCAUCCCGUCAGGCUGCCCAAGAUACACCCUCAGUCACAUUUCAAGGUACCGGAAUGCCAUAGAAGCAGCGACAUCACCUUGCAGCAAAAAUGACGCUCGUCCAUAUGGUAUUCUUCAAGUUCAAGCCCGGCAUCCCCGCCGAGCAGAAGGAGACGUUUGUCCGGGAGCUCAAGAAGCUCAAGGACCUCCCCAGCGUCAAGGGCGGGCGGCUGCUCGUGGGCGGGCCGUCGGUCACCUCGCCCGCCGAGAAGAGCCAGGGGUACGAGUACGCGCUCGUGAGCUAUCAUGAGGACCUGGCGGCGCUGGAGGAGUACCAGGCCAGUGCCGAGCACAAAUGGGUCACCGAGACGCAUUUGCACCCGUACAAGGAGGAUCUCGUGCGGUUCGACUUUGAGGUGGACGGUGAGGAUGAGCACCUUUGCGGGUUUGGUGGGAUCAUGGCGUCCAUGCUGGGCAAGCCUUGAAGGAUUCAAGGUCUGUGGAUAUGCAGCGUUAUUCCAUUUGCCCAGCUUCAAUAGGAGUCUCAUCUGGAAUCCAUUCCAAAUCUGCAUCUGCAUCCCUGGUGCACCAAGUCGCCCAUCAUUUGUGUAAACAUGACAAUGCAUGAAGAGC